AUGCAAACACCUCAGUCUCCCAUUUUGAUGCUCCCUCGGGAGAUACUGGAUGCUAUCUUGGUGCAAGCAACACGGGCUCGAUUCCACAACUUCCCUUAUGAUUCCUAUCUCCAAACCUUUGAUAUAUUGUCCAAACAAGCGCUAUUCGAGUCACGAAUACUGGAUGACUUUCUUCCUUGUGCAACCAACAGCCAUAGCAUAUCAUUUAUCAAGCAUUGGCCUAUCAGGAGAAAUUAUGGCGCCCAAAGUCUCUUGCAUUCAUACCUCGUCUAUAGAGUUCAAAGUGAACCUGACCCUGCUAGCCAUCGAUAUGUGGAGGUUCGUCAUAUUGCAGAGGCUAUUUGCCGCGAGACAGAAGCCGACUUGCAUGAUACAAUCAGUUCGGUUUGCUGGCUUGGUCUUGGAAUAGCCUUGGGACGGUUGUGGAUGCAGCGCAAACCCGAGGGCAGUCCGGAUCUAAGCUUGCUGAGCGCUGCAGCCUUUGUAGGCAGCGUGCCUCUGGUUAAGCGCCUGCUGGAGAAUGGCAAUGACCCAACGCAGACUGAUGGAAUUUUCCCUUCAGCAAUAGAAGCAGCAACUCUAGCCGGACAUGGCCAUAUCUUACAACUAUUUCAGGAGAGUUUACCUGAUUCUGUUGAACCCACUCGUGAUAACUCGAACCAAACACGACCAUUUCUUUGCCAUUAUGCCUUGUCAGAGAUUUAUCACAAGGGCAAAGCUGAUAUUCAGGGGGUGGUAGGAGCCGCUAUGAAUGGAGAUACAGAUCUGUUGGAGAUGGCAUUGUGCCCUCCUUCUCGCACCGACAAGGACAGCAACGCUUAUUUCGGCUACAUCUCUCAGGGAGAUGCUGGCCAGCCAGGACCACGGAGAGCGCGUGACUCACUUGAAGAAGCAACAUCUUGCGCGAAGAAUUGGGAGAUCUACUCCAAGCUGACCUCUCUUCUGCCCCACGCAUUUAUCAUCCGCCUCCAUGCCAUACACAUAAGACGUUAUGCAGAAUACGGCAACUUUGACAUAGUCAAAAAGUUGCUUGAGUCUGGAUGUCAUGUUGAUGGCGAAGCCGAUUUGGCUGAUAACUACAGAGAGACCCCUCUAUAUCUUGCUUCCCGUUUUGGAAAUGAAGAUGUAGUUGACCUUUUACUGCAGUACGGUGCUAAUGUUCAAAGAGCUCGUCUAUUUAUUCACCGACCCUUACUCGGCGCAAUCAAGUCUGGAAAUAUAUUUAUUGUCAGGAAACUACUGUUGCAUGGGGCGAGAUUCCAUUACUAUGAUGUAAUCCAAGCACUCCUUAGUGAGUAUGAGGAUAUGGUGCGGUUACUUUUGGAUCAAUAUCGAGAAGACUGCCUCCGUACAAGUUUCGGCAGCAAGCUUGCAAAUGAAAUUUCGGACUAUGGGUUAGAUUCCAUGCUGGAUCUUCUACAUGAUCGAGGAUGUUUCCAAUAUAUUGAUGGGAAGAUUGAGACUAUUAAUCCGGCCUUUACAGAGAUUGAAAAAUGGGUUUUCCUUCAACAACUUCAACGGCCGGUUUUCAAGGUCUUGACAUUUAGAAGAGCAGAGCUUCUCCUCCUUGACGUAUAUAGAAAUAUAGCUUGCUCACAUCUUGGCAAACCAAACUCUAGAUACCUACCUCGCGAUGUGACACGGUAUAUUCAGCAGCCCGCCAUUUUCCCAGAGGUGCACGUUGCGCGAAGCAGCAUUCUCACCGACGGUCUUGGGGUUCUUCAGUCGGUGCACUUUGAGGUCUUCGGGCUGACCAUUGGCGAAUUCGUCGGGAAGCCAAUUACGGCCGCCCCAGAGUUAAUCGAGCUGGUCUAG